CCACUUCAGCUCUUGCACAGGCACAGCCACACGGUUUCCUCCAACCAGGGAGGAGAGACACACACCAACCCUUGUCUUAGCUCAUUCCCAACGUGGAAAAGGACAGGAAAGAUACCAUAUCAAAUCAGCAGAUUCCAGCAAAUCAUCUACGGAUCAUUUUCCGUGCCGAAUGCGUGUUAAAGAGCGCGCUCAGUGCGGCACACAUCAUCAGGCAGACUGUGCUUUAUUGCCAUAGCAGCAGCGCGAGCUGCCUGUAGCUGGCACAGGAGCUAGCGACGAAACAAAGGAAACACUCACUAAAUAAAUACGUCUACUGAGCAAACUGCUUCCCUGUUCUUUAAGGAGGAGAAGGCAAGACCUCGAAGACCAAAACUGACAUGAUGUUUCCACAAUCCAGGCACUCGGCUUCAUCGCAGCAGCUGAAGUUCACAACGUCCGACUCGUGCGACCGCAUCAAGGACGAGUUCCAGUUCCUUCAAGCACAAUACCACAGUCUGAAGCUCGAAUGUGACAAGCUGGCCAGUGAGAAGUCAGAAAUGCAACGUCAUUAUAUCAUGUACUAUGAGAUGUCCUAUGGGCUGAAUAUCGAAAUGCACAAGCAGGCAGAGAUCGUGAAGAGAUUAAAUGGGAUCUGUGCUCAAGUCUUGCCUUACCUGUCUCAAGAGCACCAGCAGCAGGUUCUGGGGGCGAUAGAGAGAGCCAAACAGGUCACCCCACCAGAGAUGAACUCCAUCAUACGGCAGCAGCUCCAGGCUCACCAGCUCUCUCAGCUGCAGGGGCUGGCACUGCCCAUGACCCCUCUCCCUCUGGGUCUCAGCCAACCGGCCGGCCUCCCCGCCGUCACCUCCAGCUCCGGCCUCUUCUCCCUCUCCAGCAUCCUGGCCUCUCAAGCCCAGCUGGCCAAGGAGGACAAGAGCACACGCGAGACCUCCGACAGCCACCGCGAGGAAGACGGAGACAAGUCCGACUAGUUGCCCAGCCGCCAAACCCGUUCCUUCGUCCAGUCAACAUCCAGAGCUCAACAUAGAGCAGAGGCACUUGUUUCCCUUUUUCUUUUUUAUCUUCCCUCUAAAUUCCUACUGUGUUCACAUGCCUAACGUUAUUCGUUCUGGUUCAUUCCCGCAGCUUACUAUAUGUAUUUAUACCAAUCCACCUUUUUAUUGUGUUACUGAUGCUUGAUUUGAUUAUCUUUACACUAUUUCUUGCCUGCGUGUGUGUGUGUGUGUAUAUAUAUAUAUAUAUAUAUACAAUUGUAUAUUUCUUAUGCUAGUUGUGGAAAUGGUCUUGAGAAUGGUGCAACCGUUAAUGGACCAUCGACCCUUCAGUAAUAAUUCCUUUUUGUUUUUUUCCCCCCUGCUCCUCUUAAAAUCUUUCACCUUUUAAAGCUACAAUCUACAAUAACUGAGUCAAAAGCACUUUGGCCCUAGGCAGUAACUCUGAGACUAAAAGCAACUUUGCAUCUAAAAACUUAGCCGCAGCAUAAUCCAUUUAUAGUUUAAACGAUCGGUGUUAUUUCUCGAAGGCACGACUGUUGAAUCUAUCCUACCUUAAAGGGAUGGUUCAAGUAAAAAUGAGGUUUUAUUUUUAUGUUGUUCAAAAAUUAUUUUACCUAUACAGUCUUCUGUGGAACACAAAAGGAGAUGUUUUGAAGAAUGUUCACACUGCUCCUUUCCAUACAAAGAAUGGGGACCGAGAAAAAAAAUCCUAGUCCCUAUGACUUGUGUAUUAAAUUUGAAUUGUUCUGAAGCCAUUUGUGUGUAAAACUCAAAUUGAAGAUGUUAUUCACUGGAAAUGUUGCUUGAUAGUGUCACCAUUUAUUUUUUUUUGUAUGGAAAAGAGUGUGUAUUCCACAGAAAACAUCUUUUGUACUUCAAAAGAUGACAUGAGAGUGAGUAAAUGAUGAUCAAAUCUUGUGGAAGAAAAGAUUUGAAGAAAUGCUACUCCUUGAGAAUGAAUGGGGACCAAAAAAUAAACUAGGCCACAUGGCCAUGUUUUGAAGCAAUUUGUUUGAGAAAUGUAAAAACGUAAGGCGUUAACUGGAAAUUUAGCUUGAUAGCUGUGGUCACCAUUCCCUUUCAUUAAAUGGGAAAGCUCUAAACAUCUCCUUUUGUGUUCCGCUGAAGAAAGUAAUCCAGAUUUAGAACGACAUGAGGGUGAAAAAAUGAUGAUUGAAUCUUCCUGUUGUUUUCAAACCUAUUUGACUGUUUUGAGGAAUGUCAAAGCUGCUCCUUUUCAUGCAAUGAGUGUCAAUGGGGACCAAAAUGAAAAAAAGCAUCAUAAAACUAGUCCAUUUUUAUCUGAAAAAGUCGUUAUUUAUUGAAAAUUUAGUUUGUUUGUUGUGGUCACCAUUCACUUUCAUUGUGUGGACAAGAGCAGCUUGAACAUUGCUCAAAACAUCUCCUUUUGUGUUCCACUGAAGAAUGAAUGUCAUACAGGUUUGGAACAACAUGAGGGUGAGUAAAUGACAUUUUUGUGUGAACUGUCCUUUUAAACUGCUUGACGAGACGUGAUGAAUAGUGUUGAAAUGAAGAAAGAACAUUUCUACAAGGCCAUUCAACGUACGUACUGUAUAUCUAUAUUCCUGUUUGCCUGAUUUCUGAUGUGUUUGGAAGCUGUGUUGUGCUGUCUUAGACAGAGAAUAUUAGACGAAUCCUCUGAGAAGCUAGCUACCCUGCUCACUAAGUGAAAAGGGAUGCUGUUUAAAAUAUAUUUUUGGUCUUCUUUUAUAGUAAUGUUGAUUGUCUACAUGGUGAAAGUCAUGUUGUUUUCUUUCUAAGUUUAGUUGUAAGAGAAAAGGUAUUUGAAAAAUGAGAAGCACCUUCUUUAAACAUCUAUUUUUCGUUGUUUUGAUCGCACUACAGAAACAUGAAGUAUGUGAAAUCAUAUCUAUAAUCCCAACAAAGAGAAAAGAAAUUUAGCACAUUGCUUUCUUAAGUGGUCUUAAGGUAAAAGCUUGGAUGCGAUCGUUAUUUUGCUUUCUCCUAGUGUGAUAUUGUAGUAUGAGAUUCUACCAAGAGGGGGCAGUAAGUCCAUAGCAAGUCCACACUAAGACCCUCAGGGUCACUUUAGUUUGAAGUUGUGCUAUUUUAGGUGUCCUAUGUAUGUUUCUGCAAACAUAUGAUAUGAAAUAUGCUUCUUUUGACAUGCCCACAAAAUAAAUAACCGGUCUAACAUUUAUCCAAUCAGAAGA